AUGCAAAAAGAACAAACGCAUACCUUCCCUUUUGUUGAUAUUCUGCAGCAGGCAACAUUGGGAAAUUCAUCUACGACUACUCCUAAUAAUUCAAACAGUGUUGUACAAUCUCAACCUCAACAACAACAGCCUACAGUUCUAACAUCAAAUCCUAUUACUACUAACACAAAUCUAAAUUCUGAUUCGGUUGAUCUUGACGAAAUAUUUAAGUUUAUCCAACAACCAUCUACAUCUUUUGAUAUGAAUAUUAUUAACCACCAAUUUAAUUCCCUCUCUGAUAAUAAUAGUAACAACAUGUAUAAUAAUAACAAUACCCGAAGACAAUUUUCUGCUGACCACCAACAACAACAACAGAUAACGAAUCAACACCACCAUCAUCAUCACUAUCCAAAUAACUUCCACCAACAACAACCUCAUACUACCAAUAAUAUUGCUGACUAUGAUACAUUCCUUCCUGAAUUUGAUGUCAAUGAUCAACAAGUAUUUGCCACCACUCCAAAUAACAAUAUCCAACAACAACCACACAUGAAUAUUAACGUAAUGCCAAUUGUUGAUGACAAUAACCUCCUCGAAUUUAUUAAUAAUGGCGGAUAUUUACAGGCUCCACAAGGUUACAGCUAUAUGCAAGCAACCACAAAUCCACAAACAAACUCCUAUCCAAAGGGUUAUGGUAUUUUCAAUCAGGGUGUUCCGUUUGUUAGUGAACAGAAUAGUGCUCAACCACUUAAACCAGCUUCUAAUCAAUUUUCUGAUACAGUGACAGUGUUGAAUAGUUUACCAAAUUUAAAGGGAUAUCCUCGUCCACAUUCACCACUUUCUGGUUCUACAUUAUCACCUGGUUCUACAAUUACACCAAGUCCAUCUGCUCUCAAUGGAUUUACUUUCCAAGGUAUUCAAAUUCCAGAUCUGAUUAAAUUAGUUGAAGGUUUUAAUAAGCCAGUAACUGAAAAGCAAAUUGGUGGUCGAGACAAUACAAGACAUCCAUUGCCAAGACAAGUUAUUGAAUUGGAUGUAACAAAACUCCCACAAGAUAGUAACCCAGCUGUAAUUUCUGUUAGACCUUCAGUUAUGGGUAUUGACAAGUCAACCAGAAAGAAUACAGCCCUAGCAGUUUUGGGAGAGAAGCCAUUCGUUAAAGCUUCAUCUCAUCCAGUUGAGCGAUGGGUUGCAAUCUUUGAUGAUAUUGUCAUUCAAUUUGCCUCACAUAACAAUGGACAAAAACUCAGAAUCAAGUUUGAAUUACUUGAUGCUGAAAAGCGAGUUGUCUGUAGUAUUGAAUCUUAUGGAUUUGAAACAAUUACAAAGAGAGGUAUUGAAAAGAAGAAGGAAAGAAGAAAGACUAAGGAUAAGAGAAAGAGAAAUUCUGAUACUGAAGAAGACGAAACAGAUGAAGCAACCAUUGAACAUGUUUCUCCUGCCUUUGGUUUUACUUCUGGUGGUGCUUUGGUUAAGGUUAUGGGUUCUGGUUUUGUUUCUACACCACUCUCCAAAUGUGUUGUCAGAUUUGGAGACAAGGAUGCCAGAGAAAUCCACACCAUUAAGAGAAAUUACAUUGUUUGCGAGACUCCUGAAAGUGAAAAGGCAGGCAUCGUUGAUGUUUCUGUCAUGUUUGGAGAAAGCCUCAUUGGUGGUGAAGCCAAGUUCCAAUACAUUGACCCAACCAAUACCUAUGAUUUGCAACUCAUGAUUCAACACAUGAUUGGUAAUCAAAAUGCUUUAAAUAACUUUAAUGCAGAUGCUUCUUCGUUCUCCAACAAGUGUUACGAUCAAACCAUGUUCUAUUCUGGUAAGGUUACAGAUGAAUGUGGUUUCACUGUUUUGCACCAUGCUAGCGCUCGUGGCUUGUUCGAACUCUCUCAAUAUUUGGUUACAGAAUCUGUUGUUGACAUUGAUGCCAAAGAUAAUUAUGGCAGGACUGCUUUACAUUGGGCCAGUUUUGCCUCAUCAGAUCUUGUCUGUCUCUACCUGAUUAAUAAUGGUGCUGACAUUUCUGAAACUGAUGAAGUUGGCGAUAACUUGCUUCAUAUUGCUUGUAGAUAUGCUACUGUUGAACAUGUUCAAAAUGUUCUUGGUGUCUUGUUAAAGCAUGACGACAAGUACAGAACUAAUACCAACAAUAUUUAUGAACUUUUAACCUCUAAGAACAAUGAAGGUGAAACACCUCUAGAUCUUGCUAAGAGCAUGGAAAUGGAUGAUUCUGUUAUGCAACUCAUUUCAGUCUUUGAAUCAGCUGCUGAAUAUUGUCAAGCUCGUCUCUCAGAAUAUAGAAUUCAUCAACUCAAGAAUAUCACUUUACGUUCUGGUGAAUUCAACGGAAAGACCAUUAGCUCUCUUGAAGGUGAAAAUAAUAACUUGUCAUUCGAUAUUCAACUCAAGAAGGAUAAGUUGGUUUUGUCAAUUGACAAUGGAGACGGUAACCAAAUCAGAGUUUCUAUUGAUUACAAACAUAUUGCUUUCCUAAUCUUGAUCAAGCCACAACUCAAAGCAGAAAUCACAUUAAAUACAUCACCAUUAAUUGAGUUUGGUGAUGCUAAUGGUAACUGGGCAAGAAUUAACAACCACAGAUACCUUUCCUCUUGUCUGAGUUUCCAUUUAGAAGUUAAAGAUUCUACUGAUCUCGACAAGAUUAACAAGUUCAUCUGUGAUAAUGACUUGUUGUAUCCAUUCCAAACUAUGUGCUUCUGUUAUAGACCAACAAUUGAAGAAUCCACAAACAAGCUCAAAACACUCCCAUCUUCAAAUACUACCCCAACAACCAAUACUGUAAAUAAGGUGACCAUGAUUUCACCACAAGUAGAUUCAAUCAAUCAAAGACAAACAAACAUUUUUUAAAUAAAUAAUUUAUUUAUUAUUUACAGCACC